AUGCAAGCCUAUCGCUUUGAAAAAGGCGAUGGAGUCGUUCAACGUCGAACGCUUCCUAUCCCCGAGCCUGCUGCUGAUGAGGUUCUUAUCACUGUAACGGCCGCUGGUCUCUGUCAUUCAGAUCUGCAUAUCUUGCACGGUGGCCUAGAAAACGUCGGAGCCUUCUCUGUCCGCCCGCCUCUCACGCUAGGCCAUGAGGUAGCAGGAAUUAUCAACACCGUUGGCCCAGGAGUAACCUCAUUCAAGGCCGGAGAUAGGGUGUCGGUAGCCCAGAUUGGAUUCCCAGUAGAGGAAACAUCCUGGGGUACUGCCGUUGGCCUCGGCUGCGAUGGAGGCCUUGCAGAAUAUGUUAUUGCACAUGUUCGUUCAGUGGUUCAUGUUCCUGACAACGUCCCACUCCAUCUGGCGGCUGUCGCUACUGAUGCAGUCAGCACUGCGUAUCAUGCCGUGGUCACUGAGGCUGAAGCCGGACCUGGAAAAAACAUAGCCAUUGUCGGUUUGGGAGGUCUCGGUCUCAAUGGCGUUGUAUCUGCUUCACUACAAGGCGCCAACGUCUACGGCUUUGACAUUGACACGAAACGAUUCGAGGCUGCCAAAAAGUCUGGUGCCAUCGCUUGUCACCAAAGCUUGGAUGAAGUGGAAGACGGCUUCUUUGACGCCAUCGUCGAUUUUGCUGGUGUGGGCAAGACUACCGCACUUGCCAUCAAGCGUGUCAAAGUUUGCGGAGUGGUGGUUCUGAUUGGUCUUGGAGUGAAUGAAGCAACUUUGCCUACUUCUCUUCUGACUAUGAAAUCGAUUCACCUCAGGGGAUCCAUGGGUGCGAGCCUCCAGGAGUAUCGGAGGAUCUUGGAGCAUAUCGAGGCCGGAGAAAUUGUCCCUGUCACUGAAGAGAUCCAGUUUGACGACGUUAGCGGCGGUCUGGACCGAUUGGCUACUGGCAAUGUUUCCGGUCGACUUUGGACAAAUCCUUCAGUGAUCAGACAAGCCUGA